CCUUCCCUCCCAGCUCAUUCCUGUCACCCAUCAUUUUUUUGUCCCCCCCAACAUUCAUAAGACGGGCAAGCGAACCACUCUCCCACAAACAGAAGCUCAUUUUCACGAGUUUACGAUCCUACCCGGCCCCCAUUGACUGUCGUUUGAAAGCAAACGCCCACGACGACUGCCCAACACCGCGAGACGCCGAGUCCCCAUCUUCAAAAUCUUGCGACCCCGCGCUUGCCUGCCCCUGGAUUUUCAAACACGCCCCUCCUCCCUCCUCCCUCCUCGGCUUCAACCAGCAGCCACAGCGAGCGCUCGAAACUACCAGCCCUCCCUCCACCCACGUCGCCUAAAAACCCUCGAGUAAAGUCACCAUGGCGGAGAAACCGUCGGUGUUGAUCAUCGGCGGUCUCGGCUACAUUGGCCGGUUCCUGGCCCUCCACAUCCACGAGAACAACCUCGCGUCCGACGUGCGCAUCGUCGACAAGGUGCUCCCGCAGCUGGCAUGGCUUCCGCCCGACUUUGAGGAGGCUUGCGCCGGACCCAAGUUUGUGCAGGCCGAUGCGAGCAGAGAGCAAUCCCUCCCCAGGAUAUUCGACCGCGCCGACGGGAAAACGUGGGACUAUGUGUUCAACUGCGGCGGCGAGACGCGCUACUCGCAGGAGGACGAAGUGUACAAGCUGCGGUCGCUCAACCUCUCGCUCACGGUGGGCCGGGAGGCGGCCAAGCGGGGCGUGAAGUGCUUCGUCGAGCUGAGCACGGGGAUGGUCUACAAGCCUGACUCGGUUCCGAGCAAGGAGAACGACAAGCUGAAGCCGUGGAGCAAAAUUGCCGUCUUCAAGCUGCAGGCGGAAGAGGAGCUAGCAAAGAUCGAGGGGUUAAACCUUGCCGUCGUACGGCUGCCGCACAUCUAUGGGCCCUACGCGUCGCAGUGGGUCGCGACGGCGCUGUGCAUGGCGCGCGUGUACAAGGCGCUCGAGUCCGAGAUGAAGUGGCUGUGGACCAAGGAUCUGCGCACGAACACAGCGCACAUCGACGACGCGGUGCGCGCGCUGUGGGCCGUCGCCGGCUGGUAUGUCGCCGGCAAGGACAAGUGGGAUGCCAAGACGAUGGGCAACCCGGCCCCGACUUUCAACGUGGUUGACAAGGGCGCCACAACGCAGGGCGCCAUGGCCGACAUCAUCGGUGAGGUGUUCGGCAUCGAGACCGGCUUCCAGGGGCAGCUCAUCAGCACCUUCGCCAAGCUCAACCUGGACAGCGUCGUCGAUGACGUGAACGAUGAGCUACUAGGCCCGUGGGCCGAUCUGCUUGCGGAGGCUGACAUCACGAGGCCGGGGCCGCUAACGCCGUUCAUGGAGAGGGAGUUGCUUAAGGACACAGACCUCAGCAUGGACGGUUCGAGGUUAGAGGAGGUGGUUGGGUUCACGUACGAGAAGCCCAAGAUCACCAAGGAGCUGGUGGAGGAGGUGAUUGAGAGCUACAAGAAGAUGAAGUGGUGGCCUUGAUGCGCCUUUAUUGGCGGGGUAGAUAGGGGGUUUGCUGGUCAUCGGUUUCGGUCGGGGAUACACAGCGGGGCGGACAAGGCGCCGAGAGUCAUGAUGCGGGGGUCAGAGACGGGACUAAUGUGGAUAAGAAAACCUCCGGACCACGCGGAGAGACGUUGUGUAAUACUAGGAUAUCCUAUUUCGACUAAUAAUACAAUGACGAAGUGCUUCAAG